AUGCCUUCAGACUCGUACAACUUCAAGCCAGGAGGAUCCCUGAAGUUCAAGGGUGGGGACACGGUCAGCGGGAAGAGCAAGAAGAAAAAGUCCAAGUCAUCUUCUCAUGCCACUUCCUCUUCUCUAGCCAAGGGGUCAGCACAUCAUGACGGCGCUCCUUCUUCUUCGAAGCUCACAGAGGAGGAGGAGAUGCAUCGCUUAGUCAAGCGGCAGGCGGAGCAGGAGGAAGAAGAUGACGAGGAUUUCGACGAGGGCAUCCGGUCUAGGUCAGAGGGAAGCAGCAGAGCGCAAGGCUCGUCCUCUACUGGUAGCAAGGCGGGGAGCGGCGGUAGUGGCGCCAGAAAGACGACAGAGGCGGAGAAGCGCUUCGAAGAGGUACAGAAGAAGCGAAGGCAAGAAAAGAUCCGCAAAGAAGCAGGCAUGUCGCACAAGGAAAAGGUCGCCGAAUUCAACAAGUACCUCGAGAACCUCAGCGAGCACCACGACUUGCCCAAGGUCGGGCCGGGCUAA